GUGACUGCCAGUCAGCGCCGGUGCUGCGUGCCGAGAUCAGUUCCCCCGAGAACACGCGUGCCCCCGUCGGUAGUCGAAGCACAGUAAAGCUUAAACGUUUCCAGAAAAAUUUUAUAAAAGACGAUUUCGUUUUUGUUGUUAUUUUAUUUUUUCGAAAUUUGUUUUUAAGCCGUUUUUUACGUGAUCAUGCUGUGAUUGGACGUUCGAAUUCCGACGGAUUUUUUUACGGUUAUUGAGAAAUUAUUGUUUUUUAAGUCUCGGCAAAGUCCUCCUUGUCCACCGAAAAAUAUCGUACUUAUCGUUUUCACGCUCGUAAUUUUUUUUCGAUUUUUUUUUACUUAUUAUUAUUAUUUCGCGUAUAUUUUAAAUCAAAAAUGUACGAAGCAAAGUGUAUUGUAAUGGACUACCAGCACCAUAAUGCUCAACUGCAGGCGCAGACACAGCAACACCUACAGCAACUCCAAUCGUUAGCUCCGGAUUCAACCAGAUGGAAUCAGUAUCAACAGUUUUGGCGACAUCAGAUGCUAAUGAAUGGUAAAGCUUGUGGAGUACCAAGAGAUGGCAAUCCUGAUAAAAAAGAAGAAACCGAGCUUUUGUGGACUAACGUCGUAGAAUCUCAGUCAGCGUUUCUGGGACCGAAUCUAUGGGACAACAAAACCAUACCAUAUGACAAUGACCUUAAGUAUUGUGACCUCGACGAAUUCCUGUCCGAAAACGGAUUGCCGGUGGAAGGCGACCACCAGAACGGAACGACCGCGGGCAAUGUUAACCCGGGCACCAUAGUGGCGGUCGGCCACCAGGGUGGCCCGCUCAUGCCGGGCGCCAACAACCGCCUGUCCUCGCCGCCGCCGCCGCCGCCGGCUUCCAUACACCCGAUACAACACUUGCAGACAAACGGCGUGGCCGGGGUGGGUGUCAUACUGACCAAGCGCGAACCGUCUCCGUCGCCCAGCGAACCGCUCAGCCCGAUCACCAUAAACCCGGCGUCACCAGCAGAUUCAACAUUGUCGUUCGCGUCGUCCAGCAGAGACUUCGACCCGAGGACCAGGCCGUUUUCCGACGAAGAAUUGAAGCCGCAGCCAAUGGUAAAGAAAUCAAGGAAACAGUUUGUACCGGAUGGGCUGAAAGAUGAGAAAUACUGGGCAAGACGUAGAAAAAACAACAUGGCCGCAAAGCGAUCGAGGGACGCGAGACGAAUGAAAGAGAACCAAAUUGCAUUGAGAGCAGGGUUUUUAGAAAAAGAGAACAUGGGCCUUCGACAAGAGAUGGAACGUUUAAAGAAAGAAAAUUUAGCACUCCGAGAUCGUCUUUCAAAGUUCGAGAUCUAAAAUAUUUCCCGUGGAUUUGUAUGCACCAUAAUACCCUUACCCUCUGUGUUUUUGAAAAAAGAAAUACCUUACCCAAAUUAUUGUUACUAUUUAUCGCACUGUUGACCGUCAGCUCGUUAAUAAACAAACACUCACUCUUCCAACGCACCGCGGUGGUCGCCUAUAAGGAGUCGUGUAUAGAAAUGAGUUAUAUUAUAAUAUUAUUACGUUGUAGUUUAUAAAAAUAAAAAUGCAUAUUACCAUAUAUAUGUAUACAAUAAUAUAUAAUAAAUAUUAUUGUUAUAACGCAACUGAUCUCAAUUCCAAA